CCCGCCGGCGACUAUUUUUCCGGCAUUUUCAGGAAUCUUAAUGGCUUCCUCUAUUCCACCACCGAGAUCGGUCGCUUCCGGCGGCUUCCAGAACCCUAAUAAGUCAUUAGGCUUCUUUGCAAACGCAAUGAAGAGAAAAGACAGUUUCAUACAGUUCUUCGCCAUGACAGGAAUACUUCUAUUGAGUGUUAGAUCGCUUGGGCAAAAGUAUCGUAUUCAUAAUCUCAUGGAGGAUAAUGCUGCGCUCGAGGAAGAACAACAAGGACUUGUUCAACGAAUGGAUCAUAUUAGGCAAAGCUUGCUUGCUGAAGCUGCUGCUGAGCCUACUGGUCGCUUUGCUUCCCGUCUUCGUCGCCUCUUCGGUGAAGACUGUUGAAAAGUAAGAUUGUAUUGUUCUAUGCAUCAUGGAUUCAAACUGUCUGGAACGAAUGUUCAAUCUCGUCAAACUGAAGCAGAAUUGACCUUCGAUUCCCUAAUCUCUAGAUCACGAUAUGCAGUUCAAUUACUUGACAGUUGACAAUAACCUGCCG